AUCCGAUACGGGUCGUGACGACAUGUCAUUACCGCACCCUCCUAUACAGAAACAGCUCGCAGCUAGGACUGCCGUACCUAGUCUCCCUGAUCAAUCAUGACUUCAGCGCAAACCUCUAUACCUCCCACAUCGAGUCCUACCGCCCCGGUCGCCCCGGCCGUCCAGGCCAAAGACUGCCUUCCUUGCCGAUUGACAGGAGCGGCAACCUUUGGAGGAGUAGGCUCGUACGCCUUGUACUUGGCUUACCAGGACGGGGUGUUUGACAAGGUCCGCAGAAAGGGAGGGUCGAUUGUCGGGGGGAGGUUGCAGGUGUUGCUAGGGCUCGGAUUCUUGGGGGCUGGAUUGGGGAGGUUGGUCAUCUAGAUGAGGAGUGAGGGAGAUGGGCACGGGAAUAUGACGGUAAGCUUGAAGGCU